CAUUCUUUUGACAUAAGUUUUUUGAUUUUCCUCGGCCCCGCGGAUGGCCCGGUCCUUUGAGACGGAUGCAGCAUUGGUUUUGCCUGGUCUUGGGCGAUCUGCGACAGCUUCGUUCAGAACAAGUCACAGCCGUACGAGCGAGAGACAGAGAAGCAAAGAAGCAGGCGCUUCGCCGGUAUCCCGGCAGAGCUCGCUGAAUCAUAAUCGGCAAGAUGGUACAUCCGCGAGGGGUCCAGGGCUGAAACUGACCUGCCCAGUGAAGUUGCCAAGUUUAGGGGGAAGGACGCCCCGGGGUUCGCAGACGGCCCGCGAAGUGCGCCGAGAAAACUCCAAGGAGGAGCCGCAGUCGAGACACAGGCAGUCCAGCGCAGAGACUUCCAGGCCUGUUCCCAGCAAGCCAAAGAGGGUGGCGACAAUCCUGGGUUUCGAACCCUCGCCGACACACAGCGCAUCCAUGCUAUCAACAGACAGCACAGAUGCAUCACCAAUGAUCGAGUUUGACCUUUUGAGGUCUGAAAUUGAAGAUGCUGCAACGCCAUACCGAGGUAGUACGGCCAUGGCAUCCCGGUCCUCUGAUGACUCCUCUCGAGCUUCAAGUGCAAUUUUGGUGACUGAGAUGUCAGACGUCGAAGACGUAUUAGAUGGCUCCAGUUUCCCGCUGGAAGGCAUACCGGACUUGGAGCUUGUGAGGGCAUCACCUGUUCCGGACGCAGCAAACAACGGCUAUAUGUCUGUCGUUUCCCCGCCAGCACCGCCGUGCACGCGCAGCAGCUUGCACAGCCUGCAGCUUCCGCAGGCGAGUAGAAGCGAGAUACCUGCUCGUGCUUGGGGAAGCACUGGAAAUUUACAGGCAUCAGAUGAUCGAUCUCCUACAGUCUCACCCUUGAGAGCUAAAAGGACCUACCGGCGCAAUCAGUCAAUGCCUGCAGGCACUUCACCGGAAGACUGCGGAAGGCCGAUCACAAAACUAGAGGGCAAAAAGAUCUACGACAUUUACUACUGGGAGAAGGUGAUCCAGGAAGACGGCGAUGGCGGCAAGGUCGUCGUGUGCCGCAAAAAGACGGAGGCGAAUGGAGACUUUGACAAGGUUAUGAAGAUCAAAGCAAAAUUGAAGCUUCAGAAGGAAGGCUUUGCAGACCACUAUAGAAAGGUCCUUUUAAAGAUGCUGUCGUUGCCACCACAUCCUGGUGUGAUGCCAGUGGAGGAGGCAUUGGAGGACGAUGCCUUCUACUAUGUGGUGACCCCAAGGGCAACAUCCAGCUUUUUUGACGGGCUGCUAGUUGAGUUCCACGACGGGGUCGUUCCUGAAGGUGCACUGAGGAGCCUGAUGACGGACAUGCUGGAAGCGGUGGAACACCUGCAUAGCUUUGGUGUGCUUCACAGGGACAUCAAACCGGACAACAUGGUCCUGCAGACUCACGUGGACGAAGAGACAGGCGAGAAACGAAGGAAGGUCGUGCUUAUUGACUUCGACCAUGCCGACCCAGAUUUUCACAACAAUCAUGAUGAGCAGGAGCGGAUUUAUGGAACACGACGAUUCAAUGCACCUGAAUCAUACCUUUGCAACUUUUCCAAGCAGACAGAUCUCUAUGCAAUAGGUGUUGUUUUCUACAUGCUGCUGACCGGCAAGAUGCCUUACGAUGAUGAAAUCUUUGAUGGGAUCAAACCACCCACAUCAAGGAUGGCCAGCCCAAGGGCACUUCUUGAGGACACCUUUCAACGCCUGAAAGAUGCCGAUAUCGACUGGAACUGCGACCCAUGGCCAUCGCAACCUUUGAGCAAGGACCUUUGCAAACAGCUUUUAGCCUUCAACCCGGCACUACGACCGGCAUCAGCACGCACAGCUUUGAGCCAUGCGUGGUUUCUGGACUGAGAACGCCCAGUUUCAGUGAGACAGCCUUUGAGAGAGAGAGAGAGUCCUGCUCUUGGCAGUCAAGUCAAGCUCUGGAGGUUCACAAUAAACUUUU